AUGAUGACUCACCGUGUCGCGGCGUUCGCUUUGCUCCUCUGCGUUAAGAGCAUCUGUGUUGCAGGUCACCCAAAUCAAUCAAAAUGGGAUUUGAAAACACAAUCGUCCAUAUCUGCUAGCAACGCAACAGCCUUCGCCGUCACCUAUGGCUAUCCAUUGACCCAAUAUGCUGCCACUUUUGAUUCGCUCUUGGCCACAAACGGCUCCAACACACUUUAUCACCACAGGAUUACUGCGAGUCCCAGUUCGGCAGCUAUUGUGAGACCGAAUGUGGAUACAUUGUAUUCAAUGGCUGCAAUAGAUUUGUCACACUCUGAUGUAGUAUUGACAAUACCACCAGUGAACGAUAAUCGCUUUUAUGUAUUCCCAUUCUAUGAUCUGUGGUCUAACAACUUUGCGAAUCUGGGGACCGUGAAUUCAACUUUACCAGGAAAAUACCUAUUGAGGUUUGUGGGAGCAUCCAAGGCAGUGGGUUUUGAAUCUCCCUCGCCAAACUGCUCUGAGUAUUUGGGGUUUAUUAAUUUCCCGACUGUAUACGGAUUGACACUUCCACGUAUUCUCCUGCGAAGCAAUACUUCGACCGAACUUGAUGCAGUUCAUAGAAUUCAGGAUCAGAUAGAAAUCCAGGAAAUUCCUCGACAUAUUGAACCAAUUGCCCCAAAGCUCACGCCACAGCUGUUAGGGAACGGGUCAAUCUCGUCACUUGCAACAAGACCUUCGCAGUCCCUUGAUAAGAGCGGCAUAACGCAGCUUCUAAAAGUUCUGGCACGUUUUGUUAACAAUAAUCCACCAGCAAACAGACAGGAGGCGCAAGUUGUAAAGCGAACGUUCAGAAAAGCAGGCUUGGAUAAUGGUCACUACACACCUCCACCAGGCCUGAAUAUCACACUAGUACAGCAAUACAUGGACGCUGAAAUGGAGUCCCUGGUAAAUUGUGUACAGACUUUCAGCAACGGUUGGCUUGAUUUUCUUCCGCAAUACAGUGGAUAUUUCUCUAAUCAAUACGCUGUGCGAAGCUAUAUUGCGAAUAUUGGAUAUUUGCAGCUGGUGCAGUAUGAGGCUCUUUACCCAGAGUAUGCGGCCGGGUUUUUGCUGUCUGAAAAUCAGUCCUAUAUCUUGAAUUUUCCGUCUGGAAAGCCGCCAGUAAUUGACGCUGGGUUCUGGAGCUUGACUGUCUAUAAUAGCUCGAGUUAUCUAGUUCAAAACCCUCUCAACAGGUACUCAUUGGGUGAUAGAAGUAAUCUCACCUAUCCUGAUGGCGAUUUGGUAUAUGGAAAUGGCAGUUCUGAUCGCAAUGAUGUCUUUUCUAUUCUCCUCCAGUCAGCCAAUGUCCCUCCGCCAGCAAAUUGGACUAGUAACUGGCUGCCUACACCCGCAGGAGGUGGCAAUUUUACUGUGAAUUUGCGCUUCUAUGGUCCGACUCAAGAAUUAAAGGCUAGUGGAUCCUAUGUAUAUCCAACAGUCACGAAGCAAAGUUCUCUUGUCGUGAAUAUUUAUGACUAA